CCUCUCUAUAAAAACUGGUGACACAUCACACACUGCUGUAUAUUGGGUAUUGUCAAAGGAAUCCCAGGACUUUACUUUACUGGGUUGUUUUAUUUUACAAGUGGUCAUUGGUGGAAUUUUAAACCUUGCGGAGGACGACCCCCUUUCCCCUCAAGAACAUGGCUCCAACUCUUUCACGGUCUGCCCCUGGGAAUAUAGUGCACUGGUGGAAUCACAUUAAAUUCCGACUUCAGAACAGAAAGGGAUGGGAUGAAAUGUUGGACGAGACGUUUCUUUACCAAUCUAAAAGAGUAAAUGAAAUCCCCUUGUUUUAUGCAACAAAGUCAAAUAAUGUGGGCUGCAUUAAGAAACUGCUGGAUUGUUCUACAACCAAUAUCUUUGAAAGAGGCGCACUAGGUGAAACUGCUUUGCACGUGGCUGUGAUGAAUGAUAACUUUGAGGCCGCUGUGGCUCUAAUGGAUGGAGCACCAGAGCUCAUCAAUGAGCCAAUGACCAGUGAACUGUAUCAGGGUAUAACAGCCGUUCAUAUAGCUGUCAUCAACCAGAACGUUAAUCUGGUCCAGGAAUUAGUCAACAGAGGGGCUGAUGUCACAACUCCCAGAGCGACAGGUAUCUACUUCAACAAAAGGAAAGGAGGACUACUUUAUUAUGGAGAGCACAUCCUGGCCUUUGCUAGCUGUAUUGGAAACGAGGAAAUCAUUUCCAUGUUAAUAAAGGCUGGUGCAAACAUUCGGGCUCAGGACUCCCUUGGGAACACUAUUCUGCACCUUUUGGUUCAGCAGCCCAAUAAAAUAAUUGCAUGUCAAGUAAUGGACAUACUGCUAACGCUGGAUGCUGAUCUGGACCCCACAAUGCCGCUGGACAUGGUGGCAAAUUACAGAGGCCUCACACCUUUGAAGCUUGCUGCAAAGAAGGGGAAUGUUGUGGCUUUUCAGCACAUGGUGAAUCGCAGACGCAUCCUCCAGUGGAGUCUGGGAUCUUUGAGCUCUUACCUCUACGAACUUAGUGAAAUAGACUCCCAUAUGGACGAUAUCUCAGUUCUCACGCUUAUUGUCUCCAGUCAAAAAAGGAAAGCCAGAAAACUCCUAGAAUUGACUCCGAUCCAGCAGCUCAUCAAUCUCAAGUGGAAUCUUUAUGGGAAAUACUAUUUCAGGUUGUUGCUGCUGGUGUACCUGCUGUACAUCGGGACGUUCACGUUGUGCUGUAUGUACCGCCCUCUAAAGGAUAUACCUGAAAAUUACACCAAAGCAGAUAAUGACCCAACCAUCAAGAUACAGAAAACUCUUAAGGAGAGUUAUGUGUCUUACGCAGAUCACUUGCGGUUGGGUGGAGAGAUCAUCAGCGUAAUAGGAGCUAUUAUUAUUCUACUGCUGGAGAUUCCAGAUAUCCUAAGAGUAGGAGCAAAGAGAUAUUUCGGCCAGACUGCACUUGGAGGCCCCUUUCAUGUCACUCUGGUCGCCUAUGCUGUGCUGGUGGUGACACUAUGUGUGGUGAGACUCACUGAGUUGCCUGGUGAGACUGGAAUGAUGGCUGUGUCUCUGGUAUUGGGCUGGUGCAAUGUCUUGUACUUUGCUCGAGGUUUUGAAAUGCUCGGGCCUUAUGUCAUCGUGAUCCAGAAGAUUAUAUUUGGAGACCUAACUAAGUUCAUGUGGCUGAGUGCCAUUGCCCUCUUAGGAUUCUCCACAGCUCAGUGGACUGUAUACAUGACUCAGGAGCCUCUGUCCGUACCAGCGAUGCGCUCAUACCCCAUCACACUCUUCACCAUGUUUGAGUUGACUGUGGGUCUGAUCGAUUUGCCAGUGGACCACACCAUCCACACUCACCCUAUUGUGUUUUUGGUCUCUUGCUGCUUCAGUGUGGUGUCACAUCUCCUCCUUCUCAGCCUCCUCACAGCCAUGAUGAGUGACACACAGUGGAGGGUUGCACAAGAGCGAGAUGAACUCUGGAGGACCCAGGUGGUAGCCACCAUUCUGAUGCUGGAACAUCGUCUGCCAAGGUGUUUGUUUCCAAGGCUGGGCAUGUGUGGUCUGAACUAUGGCCUGGGAGACCGCUGGUACCUCCGAGUGGAGGACCGCAAUGACCAGUUUAUGCAGAAGAUCAGACGCUACGUUAACUUGUUUGCAAAAAAUGACGAUUCGGAAAAUAAUGAGGAAAGUCAGAAAAUUGACACAACAAAUGAAGCAGCGGACACAAAAGGCAUACAGAACGACAGCUUAAAUGGCAACAGGAAGUCACUUCUUUGCUGGCAGAUUAUCCGCAACAGCCUUCUGGGAUUAGAGCUAGAGAAUGAAGAGAAUUUGAACUCUCAAGAGAUGAGACCUGUUUGAGAGAUAAACAUGUGUUGAAAGGAUAUAGAUUUUGUACAAAUUCUAAUCAUUUCAUUAUUUUAUUGAGUGAAUACUACUUUAUGUUGACAAAUCACAUCACAUAGAAAAACUGUGGGCUAGAAAGGGUUUAUUACAAAAGUGAAAACAAAACAGUAGACUUUGAAAUGGAAUCAUUUUAAAGAAAAUGUCACUGCAUAUAUUUAAAGGCAGCUAAAUUGGUAUAUAUUUAGUUUUUAUAAUAUAUUCUGCAAGUAAGAUUUUAUUGAAAUCAAUGCAAGGUAUAAGUGCAAUUAAAAGACUUAUAAUUUACAAGUAUAACAAGCACAGAGUCACUUUUAAUGAAUUUUCUUAUUAUUUCAAUCAUGAAAAUGUGUGUAGCAUGUCUACUUAUUUGUGCAUCACAGAAUGGGAUACUUUCUUGUACUGGAUCUGUAUGUGGCACUAUUUAUAAACUGCUUUUGUAAAAGGUAAGUGAAGGAGUAAAAUGAUAUUAAAGGCAAACAUAGCAGACUUAUUUAAUGGUUAUGUUUGAUCACUGUCCACUUUUAACCUUUCUGGCAGAUGUACUUGUAGAUCACAUGACGGAUAUAAAUACCAGUUGUUCAAGACUGUCCAUGUAGCAAUGCACAGGAGCCAAUUAUAAAACAAAAAAACACAAAAACAUACACACUUAAGUAGGAAUAUCUGUAUUCAUGCUUCCUACAGAUACAAGUCAACUGUUUAGAUAAAUAUCAAGUCAAACAUUAGAAUUGGGUAGUAAAAUAAUUAAAGUUUAUCCAUAGUGUGAUUGUUGGUGCUGAUUUGAGUAAGUCUCUGAAACUUUCACACACAACUUGAGUUUGCACAUAAUCCAGUGAGCUGCAGUUUUGCCAGAAGAAACAUCUAAUGUGUAAUAAAUGAGUUAAGUAAGAUGUGAUAUUGAAUUACCUUGAAUUACAAUUAGUAUUAUUAGUACAAUAAUUUUUAAAUGAAUUACAUUUGUGGCAACAGAUUUUUUUAAAAAGGGUGUAAUGCUAAACUUUUAUAUAGCUAUAUGGUGUAGCAUUAACGUGUUCUUUGUAAUGAUAUAAAGCAUUCAAUAUUAUAUAAUUUUAUAGACAUAUUCUAAAAAGGAUUGGAUGAUAGUUUGGAGUUAACUCUGGGUUCUGUGUUGGUGGGAGUCACCAAUUAUUUUAAUCUGUACAACUUACAAUUUUUUCAUUAUAUUUCAUUAUAUUUUAAGUAAUGUAGUGAACAAUCACAUUUUAUUCUAUUUAAAAAUUAAAUCACUGUAAAAACAAUAAUGGUUUUAUAUUAUAAAGGGUUAGGGUUAGAAUAAUACAUUCUACAAACUUUCUUAGUGCAAAUAUGGUUUAUUAGAAAUCAGUGCAAAAUAAUUCUGUAGCAUUUUAACUAAAAGCAGUGCAGCUUAUAAGCAGAAAAAAGUAAGUUUCAGUGAAUGCACUUGUUUCAUUUAUUCAGUCAUGAAAAAUACAUAGCAUGUCUACUUGAUUGUGCAUCACAGAACUGGACUGUUUCAUGUGUUGGUCCUGUGUUUAUUGCUAUUGCAUUUGCAUAUUGCAUGUGGACUGCAUUU